AUGAGUAUUUAAGGAGACGCUAUUAAAUGCAGCAUUUUUGAAAUUUAAUUUUAACAUGAAUCCUUAGAAUAAAUCAAAGUCAUUGGAGACUUGAUCAAGUAAGAGGAUUUCCAUUUCCUAUCAUUUGGAACAAGUAUAUUAGCAGUCAGAGGAAGAUAAAAUGAAGAUAAAUAAAAACUUUUCUCAAUAAGGUAUUGUUUAAACAUCUGCAUUUUUAAAAUUGAUAAGGUGAACAGGUUUCAUAAUGCUAUUAUUAAUCUUUUGGGCAAUAUAGACAAAGCUGUCAUUGAUGUCAUAGUUCGAGGAUUUUAUCUGUAUGAUGUUAAAUUAGGUCAAUUAUAUUUUUCAUAUGAAGAUGAUUAUGAGACUCAUCGAAGAGUAAAAGCUUUUAGUUAAUUAAACUAAAUCAAAGGAGGUUAAUAUUUCGAACAUAAUGAAGAGAAAUAAUUAGCGUUUAUACAUGAUUUGUUGAUACAAAUUCAUCAAGCAAAGUAGAAUGUAAAAAUCAUCACCUUUGAGCUUAGUGAUGUAAGAAUUUUAGGAGCUAUUGAAAGCUUUCUAAUAAAAAAUGAAAAUGCAUAAUGUCAUGUUAUUAUGAAUUACAAUGAAAAAGAAAAUAAUUAUGAUAUAAAAUGUAUGAAAAACUAUAAUGAAAAAACAAAGUUUUUUAAAAUAACUUAUCUAAUGCGUACUUAUCGUGAUCGUUUUGUGUGUGGCUAUUUAAUAGGUGACACUGUCCAUGAAAAAAAUACUACAAUCGAUUCUUCCAAUUUUAUUGGUAGCUCAAACAUUUCAUACUAAGGAUUGAGUUUAAGUGUUGAAAGAAACAUAAAUACAUAAGUUUUUCAGCAACAAUAUCAACAGGAAAGUAUAUAAAGAUUUGAAAAAUUGAGAAAAUUAACUUAAUACUAAAUAUUUAAUGAUAUUGAAUAUUUUACAAGUGAGGAUUACUCAAAUUUUCGGAAUUUGUUCUAGUACUAAACAAAAAUUUUGAAGGAAAUCAAACCAAUUAAUGAUUAAUGA